GUUCCAUAUUUUAGAGGGUCUCGGAUGUCGCGUUGUCACGUGAAUUUUACUACUUUCGAAUUUCGAUAAUGGUAUUUUAGGCCCAUCGCUAACUCUUCGUUGCUUAGAAGAAGCUGCUUAGAAGAAAAGAUUUAUCAAACUGGUAAAGAGGGGAAAAUCGCUGGAAUAAUUUAUCUGUAGUUCUGUAUAGAACUCUCUUCAGUCGUACAAAGCAGUGCAUCGAGAGAGCUGAAGCAUCCUGGUGAAAAUGGCAGGCCCUGAAGAAUUCCCAUAUCGACAGUAUGCAAUGUCACCAAUGAAUCAGACUUUGGUAUCAUUAACAAGCAUUUUAUCAAUGGCUGGCUCCUUGAUGAUUAUUCUAAGCUACAUAGCUUGGAAGGACAUUCAAACAGUGUCCAGAAAAGUACUUGUCUGGCUCAGUAUCUGUGACUUCUUCAUUGCUCUUGGAAACAUUUGCGGAACUUUUUUUAGGCCAACAAUGAUUGAAACCCAAGACAAAAAAUGCAUUGUUCAAAGUUUUAUUAUGUCUGCAGCAUCAAUCAGCUCAUUUUGUUGGUCAGUCACACUAGCAUGCUGCCUCUAUAUGACAAUUAUUAAAAACAACUAUCAACUUUUCGUGUAUCUUACCCCAUACUUCCAUAUUUUCAACUGGUCCAUUGGACUGCUAAUAAAUACAGUUGCUGCAGAACAGAAAAUGCUGGGCAAUACACAUGAUGAAGUCACUUCUGGAUGGUGCUGGAUACGCCACCUCAACUGCUCCUCUAAGCAACAUAUUCAUUGUUCCAAAGAAAUCAACUGGAUGUUGGCAAACUACAAAGCAAUAGAAAUUGUUGCCUAUGCUGCCAUCUGUUUUCUCUAUUUGCUAGUUAAGAUUAAUUUAAGAAGAGAGAUGAAGUCACAGCUGCAAAAUCUUGAUACAAGUUCAGCUGUUUUGAAGAUUGCAAAAUCUGCAGACCGGAAACUGAUACUGCUCCCCAUCAUUCUUGUACUUGCGAGAAUUCCUGGAACUGUUCGGUUUCUGAUUUUUGCUUUGAACAAGACACCAUCAACCCUGACACUAUGGGCAAAAAUUUUACUUGUUUUGCAGGGCAUUGGUGACAGCUCACAAGGGCUGAUUAACUGCAUUUUUUUCUGUUUUCUACAACCAAGAGUAAGGCAACAUUUGAAGGAGCUGCUGCCUACAGUUAUCUGCCCCAGAGCUUGCAGGUUGACCUGUUUGAAGGAGCAGCAACUGGACCUCAGAAAGGAUAACUAUUAUUCAAGCGAUUGUGACACAAGUGUGUUUGCAAGUGCGAAAGACCCACUUAUUGACAGAAGCAAACUGCAAUGCAAAUCAUACAAUUGAAGUUUCACGAUCUAUUCUUGAAAUUUUAAUCAACAGUCCUUGAAUUUUCCGACGAAUUCUUGAAAUUUCAAGGUCGAGGGUAUGUUCAAGAGAAUGCAUAAGAUUUUAGAUCUUAUCUUCCCCAUCGUAUGAAAAAAUAUUUUAUGAAAAGCUUUUAAUUUACAACGCGUUAAAUAAACAGCAAAGAAAUAAAUCAUUGUCUAUUGCCGUACUGACUAAAACACUGGACAUCCCAAAACCAUAACAUGCCUAUUGCAUCUCAGCACGACAACAAUUUCUUGAAUUUCAAAUUUUUACAUUUGCAAAAAUGGUAAUGAUCACUGUUUAAGAUUUUUACUUAUGAUUAUCAUAAUUUGCAUGCUCUAGUUACACAAAGAGCCCUAAGAAGCUUUAGUUUAGUAAUUAUUUAUAUCAUGUUUAUAUAAGAGAUUUAUAUAAUUUCAAUGUAGCACAAUCACAGAUGGGUAGGUCAAAAUUUGUAAUUCGAUAGACGAAAAUUUAGUCUAUUUUAGUUUUUUGUAUUCAGAAUUUUAGUUUAGAUUUGCCUUGCUUACUUUUUUCUAAGUUGCA